GCAAGCCAUCGAGGUGCAGGGCGCUGCAGAUGCAGGUCGCCCUGCUCCUCGUCUUGCUCCUCGCGCGCGGGCAAGUGCGCGGUGCGGUGCGCGCGGUCGCGCGCGAAGCGGGGGGCGUGCAUGAAGUACUGCGGGCUGUGCUGCGAGGAGUGCGCCUGCGUGCCCACGGGGAGGAGCGGCAGCCGCGUCGAGUGCCCCUGCUACCGCGACAUGCUCACCGCCGGGCCCAGGAAGAGGCCCAAGUGCCCCUGACCACCGCCCUCUCCUCGGCCCACCGUCUCUCUCAACGCGCCAACGGCUUCUUCAACCUCCACCCUACCGUCAGGAGUAGUAGCCUAGCUACUGUACGUAUGUGAUGUUGGACGCGCGUGCUUAUGUCACUUCCCUGUGCUCGCUCGUGCUAAUUAUUGGUGUGAUGCGUAUUGUCGCCUGCUAAAGUGCUACGUAUGUGUUGUCGUUGUAGUACCACGAUCGACUUGUAGAAGUACUGUGCUACUAGCUGGGAUCGUCGAGUGAGUGAGCUUGCUGGCUGUAAAUCAACAAGUGUGUGGCUACCUGUGUACUCUACGUGGUUGUAGUACGUAGCUAAUUGUUCUCCGUGUGUCUAGCUGAACUGAAGCAGUGUGGCUAGCUGAGGCCUCCGGGCCAUGUAUGUAUGUAUGCCAAUGCCACGUAGCAUGCGCACCGAGCUUACAAGUAGCAAUGGUAAUCAUCA